GUGCCGGUAAAGACACAUGUGCCGUACACUCGGCACGCAAGAACUUCUGGUGCCAGACGUGCAAGAUGGCGGUGUGUCGUGACUGUACAGUCGUGGGACACAGGCAGGCGCUCGGGCAUAAGGUGCUGGACCACGACGAGGCGGUGACGUGUCUGCGCGGUGAGGUGCGCCAGGCUGCGCUGGACACGCGCAACCUGCGCCAGGAGACGCGCAAGCUGCGCCACGACCAGCGCGUCUACCUCAACCGCCAGCUGGACGCCUGCCGCGCCUUUGAGAAGCAGCUUAAGGCGCAGCUUAAGGCGCUGUCCAGUGAUAAGAAGGAAGAGGUAAGAGACAAGUUGGAGCGUGCCGAGACAGACGCGAGCACGUGCACGAGUCUCACGACGCUCAUCGAGACGGCGAGACGAGCGGGCGAGGUGCGUCUCGCCGCCGCGCGAGACUUCGCCAUGGCCAAGAAGGCCAUGACGGACAACCUGCUGGCGGUCACGCAGCUGAACCGGUCCUCCGAUGAGCUGGACAUGCAGGAUGGCCCGGGCACGACCCAUCAUCCCCCCGGGUCCCCCAACCUGGAGCGCAAGGGGAAGCUGACGUCGCGCGGCUUCCGUCAGUCGUGGCACGUCAGCCGCCCCGCCAUCAGCUUCGAUGGCGGUGACAUGGCGGCCAAGAUACGACCGCUGCCUAAAGUCUACAUAGACCUGGCCAUCGAGGGCAUCCAG